AUGAAGAUUGAUGUCAUAAAACCCCUGGUUGAAGAAGUACAUGAGAUUGAAAGGCUUGAGGAAGACCUGGAGAAAAUCCUUGAAGAUGCCAUACCUGACGUGCAUGCACCAGAAGAACAAGAGGAGGCACUGACCAUUCCUAUGGUGGAAGAUAGACCCCCCAAACAGGAGCUUAAGCCACUGCUACCAUCCUUGAAAUACCCUCCUAAGCCUGAACUCAAACCACUACCAUCAUCCUUGAAAUAUGCAUUUCUGGGAGAGGGUGACACUUUUCCAGUGAUUAUAAGCUCUGCUUUAAAUUCACAGGAAGAGGAAGCACUAAUUAAAGUGCUAAGGACACACAAGACAGCUCUUGGGUGGUCCAUAAGUGAUCUUAAGGGCAUUAGCCCAGCUAGAUGCAUGCACAAGAUCCUGUUGGAGGAUAAUGCCAAACCAGUGGUUCAACCACAGAGGAGGCUAAAUCCUGCCAUGAAGGAGGUGGGAGGCAUGACAGUGGUUCAUAAUGAAAAAAAUGAACUGGUUCCUACAAGAACAGUCACAGGGUGGCGCAUGUGUAUUGACUACAGAAGGCUCAAUACAGCCACCAGAAAGGAUCAUUUUCCUUUACCAUUCAUAGACCAAAUGCUAGAAAGACUAGCUGGUCAUGAUUAUUACUGCUUUUUGGAUGGCUACUCAGGCUACAACCAAAUUGCAGUAGAUCCUCAAGACCAAGAGAAAACAGCAUUCACAUGCCCUUCUGGCGUGUUUGCCUAUAGGAGAAUGCCUUUUGGUCUGUGCAAUGCACCUGCAACCUUUCAAAGAUGCAUGCUCUCUAUCUUCUCAGAUAUGGUAGAGAAAUUUCUGGAAGUCUUCAUGGAUGACUUUUCAGUAUAUGGAGACUCAUUUAGCUCCUGUCUUAACCACCUAUCACUUGUCCUGAAAAGAUGCCAAGAAACUAACCUGGUUUUAAACUGGAAGAAAUGUCACUUUAUGGUGACUGAAGGAAUUGUCCUUGGGCACAAAAUUUCAAGCAGGGGAAUAGAGGUGGAUAAGGCAAAGGUAGAGGUAAUUGAAAAAUUACCACCACCUGCCAAUGUUAAGGCAAUCAGAAGCUUUCUGGGGCAUGCAGGAUUCUAUAGAAGGUUUAUUAAGGAUUUUUCGAAAAUUGCAAAACCUUUAAGUAACCUGCUAGCUGCUGACACGCCAUUUGUGUUUGACACACAGUGUUUGCAGGCAUUUGAGACCCUGAAAGCUAAGCUGGUCACAGCACCAGUCAUCUCUGCACCAGAUUGGGCAUUACCAUUUGAAUUAAUGUGUGAUGCCAGUGAUCAUACCAUUGGUGCAGUGUUGGGACAGAGGCAUAACAAACUUUUGCAUGUCAUUUAUUAUGCUAGCCGUGUUCUAAAUGAUGCACAGAAGAAUUACACAACCACAGAAAAAGAGUUGCUUGCAGUGGUCUAUGCCAUUGACAAGUUUAGAUCCUACUUAGUGGGAUCAAAGGUGAUUGUGUACACUGACCAUGCUGCUCUUAAAUACUUACUCACAAAGCAGGAUUCAAAACCCAGGCUUAUAAGAUGGGUGUUGCUUCUGCAAGAGUUUGAUAUAGAAAUAAGAGACAGAAAAGGGACAGAGAACCAAGUAGCUGAUCAUCUGUCCAGAAUAGAACCAGUAGCUGGGGCGUCCCUCCCUUCUACUGAGAUCUCUGAGACUUUCCCAGAUGAGCAACUCUUUGCCAUUCAGGAAGCUCCAUGGUUUGCAGAUAUUGCAGAAAGAAGAGCAGCCAGAGGGAAGGAUAUCAUUGAAGAAGGAGUUUCUGAGAAAGAAGAACACCACGACAUAAAACCGCAACUUAUCACAUUAAUCAAGAAAAAUUAUUCCUAUGGUGGAAACCCAUUGGAAGAUCCUGAACAGCAUAUAUCCAUUUUUCUAAGGACUUGUGGUGCUGUCAACCCCGAUGGUGUAAAUCAUGACACCUUGAAGGCACAAUUUCCACCAUGGAAGCCACAUUCUUAUCUAAGAAUGAGGGCAUCUCAACAUCAGGAACAAAGGGACUUCAACUACAACAACCCCAAUUUCCCAACCCUGCAAAAACACCACUAUACCAGCAACAAUCAAUACAUACCACCACACUACCCACCCUUCCAACCCCCAACUCCCAACAAUCAGCCAAUCUCACAAGACUCUCAGAGGAUCACUAAUCUGAACAUCAUAGUAGAGAGAAUGAUGAAACAUCAAGAGAUGAUAAGCAAGAACCAUGAGGCCUCAUUCGGGAGAAUUGAGAGGCAAAUAGAACAAUUAGCUAAGAACUUCACAGAAGUAAGUGAGAAGAAGGCUAAAGGAAAAGAAUCACUCAUCCAGGAUGAACAUCAUAAGGCAAAAUCUCACUUAGAAGGACAAGGGGACAAGGAGAAGGAAGCACAGAAUCUGAGUUGA